UCUUGUGAAUACCUUAUCCUAUCCUAUCUAUCAUAUUUCCUUUACAUACUAUCUUUAUUUUCAUAAAAACAAACUCAGAGAAAAUUUUCCAUGAACAUGUCUAGAAUUGAGGAGAGAGAAAUGGAAGUUGUAAACAGAAGAAUCUCAAAUGUAGCCAACCAUCUUAAUCCACUUUUAAAAUCCCACCAAAGUUAUCCCUCCAUUUCCUUAUCAACUACUUCCAUGAAUGACAAUUAUCACAAGGUUCAUGGCCAAGUUUCCUUGGACCCCGUAGUUUGGAGACUUGCUUCUGAUGAUUCUGGUAAAGAUUUUGUUGAUAUCAUCUACGAAAAAGCCGUCGGAGAAGCUAUCGCUAAGAUUACAAUAAACAGGCCAGAGAGAAGGAAUGCUUUUAGGCCAGAAACAAUCAAGGAGCUGAUUCGAGCGUUUGAUGAUGCAAGGGAUGAUAGUUCAAUUGGUGUUAUCAUUCUAACAGGGAAGGGGACGAAAGCAUUCUGCAGUGGUGGAGAUCAGGCAAUAAGAGGCAAGGAUGGCUAUGUCGACUCCAAAAAAAUUGGUCGUCUUAAUGUUUUAGACUUGCAGGUCCAAAUAAGGCGGCUUCCAAAACCUGUUAUAGCAAUGGUUGCUGGGUAUGCUGUUGGAGGAGGACAUAUUCUACACAUGGUCUGCGAUUUAACUAUUGCUGCUGAUAAUGCCAUUUUCGGACAGACAGGUCCAAAGGUGGGCAGUUUUGACGCUGGUUAUGGAAGUUCCAUCAUGUCUCGUUUGAUCGGACCCAAAAGGGCACGCGAAAUGUGGUUCCUUACCAGGUUUUACACAGCAAGUGAGGCAGAAAAGAUGGGACUUGUCAACACAAUUGUACCAUUGGAGAAUUUGGAGCAAGAGACAGUAAAAUGGUGUCGCGAGAUCUUAAGAAACAGUCCUACAGCUAUUCGAGUACUUAAAGCAGCUCUUAAUGCAGUUGAUGAUGGUCAUGCAGGACUUCAGCAAAUUGGAGGAGAUGCAACACUCUUAUUCUAUGGAACUGAGGAAGGAAAUGAAGGAAAGACAGCAUACAAUGAAAGAAGACCCCCUGAUUUCUCCAAGUUUCCUCGUCGACCAUGAAUGAGAAGUGUUUUUUGCCAUUCCUUGGGAGGACUUUUGAUUGUAUUUAGAAUUAAUGAAAGUCAUAUGAGCAAGCAAACAACUCAAUUAUUUGGUAUAUCAUUUGUAUGAUCAUUGAGAUUUUGUGAA